AAAAAACAAGCACAGACAAAGAUAAGGAAAUGAAUGACAAGAAGAAAACAAAGAAAUAUGUCAAAGCGGUAGAGAGUGCCUCUACUUCCGAAGAUGAAAGUGACGUAAACACCGUGCAUAUAAUGAGCGUGGACGGGAAGUCAGGGUGUUACUGGGUCACACCAAAGUUAGAGGGUCACCCAGUCAAAAUGCAAAUAGAUACUGGAUCGCAGGCAUCGCUUGUGUCUUACCAAGUCUAUAAACAGUGUUUGAGACACCUUCCAUUAAGACCGUCAGACACUGUGUUCAAAGCGUACACUGGACACAAAGUGCACAUGAAAGGAAUGACUGACAUUACUGUGCAAUGCAAAGAUCAAACUGCUAAACUUCCAGUGUAUGUCACAAAAGGGAAUUUUGCUUCCAUCAUGGGACGACUGUGGAUUAAUGCACUUCGUGUAAAUUGGCUAGAAGUUCGGCAGCUGUCAGACGGUUCUUCACAACUGCAAGUCACCCUGGACAAGAAUGAAGAGGUUUUCCGUGAGGGAUUGGGCAGCAUGAAGGACAUUACAGUGAAAUUGCACAUUAAACCAGGAAGCAAACCUGUGUUUAGGAAGGCUAGGACAGUGCCGUAUGCUAUUCGUGACAAAGUCGAGGCUGACCUGGAUGCGUUGGUCAAAAGUGGUGUUUUGGAACCAGUCACCACCAGCGAAUGGGCGACACCAAUUGUGCCGGUUCCAAAAAAGAAUGGCGGAAUUCGCACAUGUGGCGAUUUUAAAGUGACUUUGAAUCCGGUGCUUUGUGUGGAGCAGUACCCACUUCCAUUGAUCGAUGAUUUGUUUGCAGGUCUGAGCGGUGGUCAAAAAUUCAGCAAAAUUGACCUCAACCAAGCUUAUCUGCAGAUGCAUGUGGAUGAAGAAUCACGGGAGUGGCUGACAAUUAACACGCACAAGGGACUUUUCAGAUAUUGCAGAUUACCUUUUGGCAUCACAUCUGCCCCUGCUCUGUUUCAACGGGCUAUGGAUCAAAUUUUGAGUGGAUUGCCAGGAGUACAAUGUUACUUGGAUGACAUUCUCUGCACCGGUGCCAACGACGAGGAGCAUCUUCGCAACCUGGAUGCUGUCUUAAAAAGGCUAAGGCAGUAUGGUCUUCGAGUGCGCAAGGAAAAAUGUGAAUUUUUGAGACCAUCGGUGGAGUAUCUCGGGCAUGUGAUAGACCACGAAGGACUACACAAGGCUCCAUCAAAGACAAAGGCAAUUGUGGAUGCACCCGCCCCAGAAAAUGUGGACAUGGUAAUUAAAGGACAAACCAAGUGUGAGAACACCGCUCUCAAACCUUUUUUCGAUAGGAGGUGGGAACUUUCUGUUCAAUCGGGUGGUUUGCUGUGGGGGAGGAGAGUGAUUGUGCCACAGUCAUUGCGUGCUAAAAUGCUUGCGCAACUGCAUGCAGGUCACAGUGGUAUUGUUAAAAUGAAAGAAAUGGCAAGAAGUUAUUUUUGGUGGCCAGGAUUAGAUAAACAGAUUGAAGAGAUGGUAAAAAGUUGUUCAUCUUGCCAGAAGAUUCGCAACGAUCCACCUGCAGCCCCACUUCAUCCUUGGGAUUUUCCUCAGGACCCUUGGCACCGCAUUCAUAUUGACUUUGCGGGGCCUUUUGAAAAUCGAAUGUUUCUGGUUGCUAUCGAUGCCCAUAGUAAGUGGCCAGAGGUAGCUAUUAUGAAAUCAACCACAUCGGAAAAGGCAGUUGAGAAGUUAGGGGAGAUGUUUAGUCGUUUCGGAGCCCCUGCACAACUCGUCUCAGACAAUGGCCCCCAAUUUGUGUCAAAAGAAAUGGUUGAAUUCCUGCAAGCCAAUGGGGUUCAACACAUUAAGUCGGCUCCCUAUCACCCGGCAACCAACGGCCUGGCAGAGAGGUUUGUGCAGACCCUCAAACAUGCUCUCAAAGCAUCACAAGGGCAAAGUACACUCCAUCAGAGACUACACGAAUUUCUCCUCAAAUACCGAACAUCUGUGCAUGCAACUACCAAAGUAUCGCCAGCGAGCCUCAUGUUUUCUCGAGAGAUACGAACUGGCAUGGAUCUUCUGAAACCACCAACCCUGAGUGAGAUUGUUCAAAUGGAUCAACGGAAGCAAGUCAAGUACAGAGACCUGCAUUCCAAGAACCGAGUUUUUGCACCUGGUGACUCUGUUAUGGCCCGGAGUUACCGGAGUAAGGAAAAGUGGGCCCCUGCCACCAUCAUUGCUCAAACCGGGCCUGUUUCCUACACCGUUCAGACAGCUGAUGGUGUUUGGCGUCGCCAUGUGGAUCAAUUGUUGGGAACAUCAGACACUACUCCAGAACUGUCUAUUGAUUGUGAUGAUGCUAGCAGUGUAAUUAUACCAGAAAUGUCUAGCUUACCGGAUGUGUCAAACCCAAACAAUCCUGCUGUAAUUUUGUCUAAUUCAACCAAUGCACAAACGGAACCUGAAACAGUAUCGGAACCUGUUUCCACAAGUGGGAAAUCGGAAGUGACUGUUGAACGUCGUUAUCCUGCACGCGACAAAUAGAUUGGAUUUAUAAGUAAUAAGUAAUGAGGGGAAAACAGGAGGUAUUUUUGUGUUUGUUUCUGGGACGUGUUGUGUAGGGGGGGAGGAGAUGUGACAUAUUUGUGUCACACUGCUGUUGCCAUAGUGUGCACUUCCUGUGGGUGUGGUAUUACAGUAUAAAAAGGAAUCUCUGUUAUGUCUCUGUGACAUAUAUGAUGAGAAGCACACUGAAUAAAGAAGUGUUGUUCCAUUCAAGUCUCGGCCUUACAUGUACUUAGAUCAGGGAAGUACAUAACAAAGGGUAAAUAUAAGAAAAAGAAAAUCUCGACCACUCCUUGAUGUCUGCGAUUUCUGCAUCACGGCCCUUGUUGUAUUACCAUGUUUCACCCAUAAAAUCCCCCAAAAAUCUGGCUGUGUACACAUACUACAUAAAGUUUUUGGAUCAA